AAUUUGGAACCCUACACGAUUCUCAUUCCUGAAAGCAAUGCUUAAUUUGGAUAAGUGGGCAAGGAUGGAUAGGAUAUGUAGUCCAACAAUAUCUCCAAGCCUUUAUGAUCCCUCAAAUUGAAAGUAAUGCUUAAUUUGGCUAAGUGGGCACUGUAGAAUGAGUAUCGCAAGGUCCUGAGGCUUCUCUGGCAAAGAUUGCUGGUGUAAAACUACAACUCCCAGUAUUCCACAGUAUGGUAGUUAAAACGGUGUGAAGCUGCAUUCAUUCUACAGUGUAGAUGCGCCUCUUGAUGAAGUUGGGAGGACAUGAAUGAACCAAAUAGGAUCUGGAAGCUGUGAUUGUCGUGUGAAGGGGCUUUCUGGGAAGCCGGCCUUUGUUGCAGGAUUCUCAUCGUGGUAUUUCCUUGUCCCGUUAUCGAUAGGGCGUAACGCCCAGGAUGUGCAUAUACAUAGCCUGGAGUUAAUCAUUGAUCUGAUUCCUCAGAAGGGUGAUUUUUCCCUCCUCACAUCCCUUUUGUCGGUUGCAAUCUCCAUAUUUGGAAAUGUUUACCCUUGCCCUGGUCUGAGUCAGGGCCUGGUGGAUGCACGAUCUGGAUUCCUCUAGUCAGAAGAAGGGAUUCCCACACACUCCUCCUCCUCCUGCUUUUCCCUUUCUUUUCUUUCUCUUCUUUUUGCCGGAGUGCCGUUCGUUCAGCAUCAGGAUUCGCUCUCGGUUCUGGAUUUGUUCCGCUCUGGGGCCGCACUGCUGUCCAUUCAUUCUUCACAAGUCUUGCUGUACAUUCCCGAUAAACAUUUCUUUUUGGACUGAGGCAUUCAGGACCGAAAAGCAGAUUCCAGGUUUCCUCAAACGUUGCCGGUGAAGGUUGGCCUUCUUGGGUGAGGACCUUAUAUACGGAGCAACCCAAGAGAUGUCUCACCCGUCAUGGUUGCCGCCAAAGAACUCGGGGGAGCCCGUUGGCCACGUCACGGCCAGGAUGGAGACCACGCAUGCCUUUGGGACCCCCAGCGUCUCCAUAUCCACGCAGCAGACGCCCAAAAAGUUUGCUCCGGUCGUGGCCCCCAAACCCAAGUACAAUCCCUAUAGACCACCAGAAGGAGAAGGUGACUUUCCGCCGCCGCCACCACCGCCUCCACCUUCGGCAAAUGAUCCCGGGACUUUCCCUUCAUCAACAGGUGCCUACCUUCCUCCUCCGCCUCCUCCAGAUGAGGCUCUUUUCAAUGUCCAGGUCAAGACUGGUCCCAAGACCUUGGAAGAAAGGCGUUCCAGUUUGGAUGCCGAAAUAGACUCCUUGACCAGCAUCUUGGCUGAUUUAGAAAGCAGCUCGCCUUACAAGCCUCGUCCCCAACAGGGCUCUGGGAUGCCCAGCGGGGUCUCCACCCCUCCAAUGUCCACCCCGGUCACUGGGCACAAGCGCAUGGUCAUCCCAAACCAGCCUCCUCUGACGGCCACCAAGAAAUCGGCCUCCAAGCCUGGCUCGCAGCCUUCUCCCAUUCCGGUGACGCCCAUCGGCACCCUGAAACCUCAGCCCAUCCCGGCGCCGUACACAACCGCCUCGACCCCGACCCGCCCGGCGUUCAACGUCCAAGUGAAGUCGGCUCAGCCCACCCCCCAUUUCCAACCGCCGGCCACCCAGUACAGCGGAGUGCCCCCCAGUCAUGUGCCUCAGCCGUCUUAUUCCAUGGGAACCCCAUCCCGGGGGCUCGAUUAUGGUUAUGUGCCCCAACCAGAACCGAGUUACGCCUAUGCCCCGCCACAGCCUCGCUUCCAAGAACCGGCUUAUCCUGGGGGUCCCGGUUACGGAGGGAGGAACGGUGCUGAGCCUGUUGCAGUGCCUCAAAGCUCCUGGAAGCCAGAACCAGCCUAUGUGCCUCCUGGUUCCGCUGGCCAGCAUCCCGUUGGGCAGUACCCAUCGUCCACAGCCAAGAAGAACUACAGCGCUGAGCCUGCCCCAGGGCUCCAACGUCCCCAGUUGCAACCAAAGAGCGGCCCCACUGGUCCCAGCCCUGCCUCGAACCCUCCUUUGUUGAGACCGGAAGAUGAGCUCGAACACCUGACCCAGAAGAUGUUGUUCGACAUGGAGAACCCGCCUUCUGAGGAAUACUUUGGCCGCUGUGCACAUUGUGGAGAGAACGUUGUCGGGGAGGGGACCGGCUGCACCGCGAUGGACCAGGUCUUCCACGUGGAGUGCUUCACCUGCAUGACCUGCAACAACAACCUCCGGGGCCAGCCCUUCUACGCGGUGGAGAAGAAAGCCUUCUGCGAGCCUUGCUAUAUUAACACUCUGGAGCAGUGCAACGUUUGUGCCAAGCCCAUCAUGGAGCGGAUCCUGAGAGCCACAGGGAAGGCCUAUCAUCCCCACUGCUUCACCUGCGUCAUCUGCCAGCGCAGCCUGGAUGGCGUCCCUUUCACCGUCGAUGCCGGCGGCAACAUCCACUGCAUCGAGGACUUCCACAGGAAGUUUGCUCCGCGCUGCUCGGUCUGCAAGGAGCCCAUCAUGCCAGCCCAGGGCCAGGAGGAGACAGUCCGGAUCGUGGCCCUGGACCGGGACUUCCAUGUGCAAUGCUACCGCUGUGAGGACUGUGGCGUUCUCCUCUCCGAAGGCGACAACCAGGGCUGCUACCCGCUGGACGGCCACAUCCUCUGCAAGUCCUGCAACUCGGCCCGGAUCCAGGCCCUGACGGCCAAGGCCAGCACCGACCUCUGAACCUGACGAUGGCCCGGCCCUCCUUGCCCUCCUUGCCCUUUUGCGCAGCCGGAAAGCAUUGUGAUGCUUCCUUACCGGGAGGCUGAAUCCCACCGGACUGUUUCCUGCCUACACUACAGGCUUAAAACCGGUUUGGUAAUACUCCUUUCCUCCUCCCAAGGAGCCCUGGGAAAUGGACUUCUUCUCUGUUUUACUGCAAAUCUGCAUUUCCCAAGGCUCUUUGGAGAGGCGCCAUGAUCUUUAAAGUGUUGUGAUACCGAUAGAAGUUUGCAGUGAAGAUCAUUCUUGGGCAGGGGUGUCCAACAUCCUCAUGUUAUCUUCUCUCCCUCCUGGCUUUCAAGGCUCUAAAGCAGUGAUUCCCAAAGUGGGCUCUACCGCCCCCUGGUGGGCGCUGCAGUGAUCCAGGGGGGCGGUGAUGGCACCUAUUAGGACACAGGGGCGGGGCCAGGGGAGGGGCGGGGCGUCUUUCCAAGUGCCAGAGACAGGGCUGAGCACCUGAGGCACCUGUUAGGACACACAGGGGGUGGAGCCAAAGGAGUGGGUGUGGCCUCUUCCCAAGAGCCCGAGACAGGGCUGAGCAUCUAUACCUCUCCUGAGGCGCUUGUUGGGACACAAAGGGCGGAGCUAGGGAAGGGGGCGGGACCUCCUUCCAAGAGCCUGAGACAGGGCUGAGCCUCUAUACCUCUCCUGAGAGGCCUUUUAGGACUAAAGGGGGGGGAGCUCUUCCCAAAGCACGAGACAGGGCUGAGCCUCUGUAUACCUCCCCUGAGGCGCCCCAUCAGGCACUUGGGAAGAGGCCACGCCCCCUCCUCUAGCCCCGCCCCCUGUGUCCUGGCAGGCGCUGCAGGACAGGGGUAGAAGCUCAGCCCUGUCUCAAAGCUCGUAACUCCGCCCAUCCCAGUCCUAGCCGCCCAUUUGUGGCCCCGCCAACCUCCCCCUCGCAGCCCUGCAUCUUGGACUAGGGGAGAGGCUCAGCCCCGCCCUCUUGAGCAGGAGCCACGCCCACCCCUCUAAGCCACGCCCCCUUUCCAGGGGGUGCUGAGUCAUAUUUUUUUUGGAAAGGGGGCUGCAGAGCAAAUAAGUUUGGGAACCACUGCUCCAAAGCAAUCAUUCCUGAUCGUGAACACUCUGCAUGGGUUGAUCUAUGGCUCUAAUCGUGUGCCAGUCUACAAGUCCCAUCUUCCUGCCUAAGGAUGAUGGGAGCUAGAGUUUGGAGGGCACCAACUUGGGAAUGCAUGGCAUAGAAUAGGGGUGGGCAACUGGAGAUACAAUCCCACUGUCUUCCAAAUGGACCCUACAUUUCCAGAUUUACCUGGAUUAUUUCGAGCUCAGGAAAGAUUUCUUUUCCAGGAUGUAGGCCAGUGUGCAUUUAUGGUGUGGAAUAAGUGCAGUUUGUCAUCGCUUUAACUGCCAUGGCUUAAUGCUGUGGACACAAGACACAAACAUUCUUUGGUAGAUAAAGCUAAAAACUUGAGGAAACUACAGCUCUACCUUCUAUAACAUGAAAAUACUAUGUAACAAAAUUUGAAAAAUGUUCUGUUCCUGGUUUGAAAGUGUUAUUUCCUGUUUAAUUGUGUGGUCCUUACUUUGAAAGUAGUUGUUACACUCCAGAAACUUUGUUUAUUGUCACUGCCACAAACUAUAUUGCAUUGGUUGAGGCUCAAUGAGAUAUUCAUUGAAAGACAUUAGCAAAAUGUAUUGCAAGAUGUCCCAUAAAAACAAAGUUUUUGCAGUUUAAUAAACUUUUUCUGUGCUUUUGUGACAAAACCAAUUAGGAAAUAGCAUUUAUAACCCAGGAACAAAAAGUGUAAUUAAAGUGGUGCUGAACUGCAUUGAUUCUAUCAUGUAGAUGUUCCCCUUGAGUCAACAUUCACUUUUAAGGUUGCCAAGUACAGUAGAGUCUUGCUUAUAGAGUCAGCUUUCAAAUGGUUUGCAGUGGGACAAUUGGAUGAGAUUGCUUCCCAAAAAAGGACACUUCCCCAUCCCUGAUCGAGAGAAUAUAAUGCCCUUCUGCUUCCAUCAACUCCUGAACAACAGCAUCAAAAAUCUUCUUACUAUGCAAUAAUCCAACCACAGAUGCUUCUUUCUUUCUCUCUUUCAUAUUUCCACAAGCCAUCCGAUUCCGAGCUUGUUUGCACAAUAAUAUACAGCCAUACACUUUAUAUCUAUUCUUAUACCUAUCGCUGAUAAUGUAUUUUAAUAAUAUUUUAUUUGUGCCUUAAGGAUAAUGAUGCAAAGCUGGGGUUGGGGUGGGGAUUAUCUAUAGUUAGAGGUAUAUUUACUUGCAAAAAAUAUGUCCACUAAGUCAUGCUGGAAUCCAAUGGCUAUCGUGACAUUCUCCAGGUCUUGUUGGAGUGCAACUCCCAGCAUUCUUCCGCAUUGGCUUUGCUGGGUAGGAGUGAUGGGAACUAUAGCCUGACAAUGUUUAUCAUUUUUGCAUUAAUGCAUUUUUUUCGGCAGAUUUGCUGUUUUUGGAGACAAAGGAUGCAUCUGCACUGAAGUAUUAAUUCAGUUUGACACCACUUUAACUGUCAUUGUCAUUGCUGUGUGACCCUGGGAUUUGUAGUUUGCACCCUUUGAGAGAGGCUGGAGACCUUGUGGAAGUACAGAUUCAACAGGACUGCACCAAGGCAGUUAAAGCAGUGUCAAACUGUGUUAAUUCUACAGUAUAGAUACAUCCAGACAAAGGACAUCCACACCACUCAACAUGAACAAGGAUUCAAAUAAGAAAUAGUCGAUCCCAGGGUCUGCUUGCUAUUAAGUGGCAUUUGAGAGCAAUAAUGUCACAAUGUACUAUGCAACAUGUCAUAAUGGUGCUACUUAGUAGUCAAUGGUAAUAUAGGAUUCGGGCAUCUGUUGAUAAAUCCGUCAGGAUAACACUAACAUGUACGACACCAACUGAUACAAAAACUGAAGUUUAAAAACUGAA